UCCCGCCUUAAAGGGACCGCGCUGCGCUGCGCCCCAUGGCGAGGCCCGGGCACGGCUGGAGCGGCGCGGCGGCGGCGAAGCGGGGCUCGGAGGAGGAGGAGGAGGGCGAGGACCCGCUGGACGCCAGGAUCGCGCGGAGCGGCUGCCUGGAGCAGCACCGGCAGCUGCAGGAGUGCAUGGCCGAGCGGCGGGACUGGCGGCACUGCCAGGAGCAGGUCCGCGCCUUCGGAGCCUGCAUGGCCCGGCGGCAGCAGCAGCGCGGCACCGGCCCGGCCCGGCCCCCGGACUGACACCCCCGGACAGACAGACCCCUCUCCGGCUUGCUUUUUGUCCAACUCCUUAAAAACCCAGGUGGAAUUGCUGGGAAAUAAACCUGGAGUUUGGCAGCCCUCGGCUUGCUGUGUGCCAGUGGGAGAGGGGGGCUGGUUUGGAGCAGACAGCA